AUGAAACGCACCUCAUCACGCCAAGCGGCCAUAGCCGAGAAGAAAGACCGCUCGGAGAGAGAGAAAGCAGAGAGAGAAAUCCAAGAAGCACUGCGAGAAGCGGAGAAAAGAGCAAAGAAGGAAGCAGCGGCGAUGCAGAAGGCCGCAAAGGAGAAGGAGAAAGAGAGAAUAGAGAAAGAGAGAACGGAGAAGCAGGCAGCGACGCGCCAGGCCACAGCAGCACAGCCGGCGCUGACGAACCAAAGCCCGAGCAUACUCCAGACACCGGCUAGCGCGCUCAGCGGCCAACCGACAUCCCCUCUCUCAGACAUCUCGGACAGCCGCAUCCUGACGGAGGACAAAGGCAAAGAGCGCGCCACGUACUUCCCAGAAUCCUCGCCCUACAUCAUGAACGAAACCCAACUCAUGGAGCAGAUCCCAAACGGCUCACCAGCGAGCGCAUAUAAUCUUUUUCCUCGCCUGGGCAUGGCGGUCCCAAAGGACACGCACGAAGGCGCAUACAUGGCGGCACUCGCCCAAUCCAGAGGCCAACCGUUUCAAUUCAGGACGCGCGAAAUGACCGAAGACACACUCGCUGGCUACGAACAACAACCGGAUACGGCAGCGAGCCAAACGGCCCAAGUCAACGGCACGAACGAAGACGCAUAUACGCAUACAAGACCAUCAUCGAACGACCCAGUCGUCCCAACCACGCCGGGUCCACCACAAGAAAUACCACCUAUGUACAGCCGCAAACGCAAGACGCGCACGCCAGGCUCAGCACAACGGAAAGCCAAACAGCCCAAAGCGAACACGCCGAAAGUCACUAAGGGCCACAGGAACGCCUCAGCCGGACCUUCAAACACGCGCGACCAACCCAGACCACCUACUGACGAACACACAGUUCAAAUGCAACUUUUACCGUCACCGAUUCCCAUCACCCCAGCAUCGCUGAGACCAAUCGGCAGAACCUACGCUCACGCGGUAGCAGCAAACAUCCCAGCCACCCCAGCCGAGAGGGCAUUCCAAGCGUAUAACCAAAGGCUGACACCGGCAGGCUUCACGAACCUCACACGAGGACAAAUGGGUCCUCCCCCCCAUCCCAUCUACCACACGAUCCAACGACCGCCGGGAGUAGGAACACCAGCGCAAAGAACGACUCCCCACCAACCAGUCCGAGCGCAAAUGAACCCAAUCCAGCAAGCAGCCCUCCCGCAGGCAAGCCCGCGCCAGCCCGGCGGCAACCAGUACUACCAGCAACCGGUUGCGAUGGCCCAGCCAGCCCAAUGGAUCCAACCGCAACCGGUAUACCAGCCACAGUACGGUCAAGGAGAGGCGUUCCGGGAGGCGGAAGGGAGGAUCUGCAUCAAUGCAGGCGGGGAAGAAAUGGAGAUACCGAUAUACCGCCCUACACAACGCCGAGCUGGCAGACAACAAGAUAUCCAACCCCCUUGGCGCCUAAACGAGCGGAAAAAGUGCAGAGAUGUGGAUAGCAGCGUAAUAAACAGCCUCAAACAAGGCUGGUCAUCCCAAAUUCGCAUCGACGGCAUACUGUACACUGACCAAGCCCAUCUACGAGGACGAAAGCCAAAAACGAGCAUCACAUUCGAAUUUGGCGACGAGACGGCACGCGAACCACCAACAGAAACGGCAGCAGGAUUCACGCUAUACAGAAUCCAAAACAACCUGCAAGAACUCAAGAACGCAACGUGGGGCUACUACGAGCCAGUCGUCGAAGCACCAAGCAUUGUCAACAUGCUGGAAGCCGUAUGCGAGGCCAUUCGCCAAAUCCGUAACCAAGACCAAGCCACCGUCAAUCGGAUCAUCAAUACCUUCAACCGAGGAGAGCAAGAGUUCCGCAUCACGAGAGACAUGGAGACUGGGAUCUGGUGCGACGAACGGUACAGAGCAGCAGAGAGAUCAGAUGACGCAAAAACGGUCGCCGACCUCACAAAUCUAACACAUCAACCACCGCAACACAAGCAACCAACCGACAAGGAAGCGAGAACCAGACAGAGCGAAGAACCCGGCAAAAACGUACGAUGGUCGGACCGCAAGAGCGAUGCUCAAGGUGCGGCGCAAGAGGACAACACCACGGAGACGUAUGUACCAAUGACGGACCGUGGCUCGAAACAUACGUCUCGCAAGGCUCCAUCCGGCAUAAAGCACCAGAGGAAUGCCCGAGCGGAAAGAACGUCUAUCCCUGCUGGGCUUUCAACGAUCCAGAAGGCUGUUCAAGAAACUGCACAAGAUUCAUUCACUGCUGCACUCUCUGCGGCGACGGAUUCAAGGACAACGGCGCAACGGGCCACUCAGCUCAGAAGUGCACCAAGGCCUGAACUCUUUCCGAUAAUCACACCGCUACGAGCUGACCGAUGGGAACAUUGGAUUAGUAAAGCGGGUCUGGCAGAUCGGUACGCAGACAUCCCAGACAGCAUUCGACAUGGCUUCACACACGGCAUUACAAACGACACUCCACUCGAACGUUCUUUCAUUCCCAACAACCUAGCAUCAGCGAUCGAACACCCAGAAAUCAUUAACACAUACCUCGAGAACGAAAUCAACAAUGGACACAUCUCAAAAGGCUACGAGCUCCACGAACUAGAAAAGAUGGUGGGCUUCAUACGAUGCUCCCCAGUAGGCUGCAUCCAACGUGAUCCACCAAACGGCAAAUGGAGGAUGUUCAAUCAUCACUCAUACCCACGCAACUCUUCGUUCACAUCUAUAAACGCUACUAUUAACAAACUCGACUUCCCAUGCAGCUGGGGAUCAUUCAACGACUGCAGCCACAUCGUAGCAAAAGCACCGUCGGGAGCACAAGCGUCCGUUUUUGACGUGAAAAGCGCAUUUAGGAUUAUCCCAACACGGCCAGAAGACCGACUCAAACUAGCAAUCCACUGGAACAACCGAGUACAUCUAGAUCAAGUAUUCUCGUUCGGGGCAACGAGCUCACCAGGAGUCUUCGGCCGACUAGCCGACCUGCUAGUGGAACUGCUCAAAUACAUGGAAGUCGAAGACAUCCUAAAGUGGGUCGACGACUUCGUAUUCUUUCGCUACCCAAAAUCUAUCAACGAGAACGGCACAGCAAUGUACAGUUACGAUGAGAAACUUUUCACCGAGCUGGCGGACGACUUGGGAUGGCCCUGGGAACCCAAAAAACAUACACCAUUUGCGCACACUUUCACGUACAAUGGCUUUGACUGGAACCUCAAAACAAAAGAAGUGACGAUUCCGGAGAAGAAAAAACAAAAGUAUCUGAAGAAACUGGAACCAUGGAUCGUAGGCUUCAAAGCGACGAGGAAGGAAGCAGAAAAUAUAGUGGGAGUCCUUAACCAUUGUGCACUUGUGGUAACAAAAGGCCGAUCGCGACUCGUCUCCAUCUACCGCUUCGUAGCAGCUUUUAACCAACUAGCAUCACCGUCCAUCAGGCACAACCUCCCCGAAGCAACAGCAAACGAUAUACAUUGGUGGCGAAAACAAAUCGGAAAACCAGUACUUUCGAGAACCAUCAAACCCGAACUUCCACUCGAACACGAUGAAAUCUUUGUCGACGCGUCAACCUCAUGGGGUAUAGGCUUGGUGACAGGAGGGAGAUGGCUAGCGUGGAAGUACAAGGAGGGAUGGAAGCGAGCAGGAAGGAACAUUGGAUGGGGAGAAAUGGUCGCAGUCGAGUUAGCAGCAAGAACAAUCACAUCACAAGGCGCUCGAAGAAAACACUACAAGCUGAGAUCUGACAACCAAGGAGUGGUAGGCGCCUUAGCAGCAGGCAAAUCUUACAACACCGAAGAGAACAAUAUCCUACAGCACAUCCUAGAACUUUUCGAGAAAUUCGAGCUAAAUUUCACAAUAGAAUGGAUUGCAUCGAAGGACAAUCCAGCAGACGACCCAUCGAGAGGAGUACUCAGCAGCAAAGAAUCAUUCUUUACAUCCCACAUUCCUGAACUACCUCUGCACCUAGCAGAUAGUAUACAACUAGUUAACAUGUAG